AUGGCAGCCCUGAAAGGCGCCACGCCAAUUUACUUUGGCUCCUUUAUCGUGACACCACAGGUCUUCUUCCAAACACCCCUCACCUUCGCCCUGGUCAACCUCAAACCAAUCCUGCCCGGUCACGUCCUCGUCUCUCCACGACGCGUCGUCCCCCGCGUUGCAGACCUAACACCCGCCGAAACAAGCGAUCUCUUCCUUACAGUGCGCCGAGUCGGCCGCAUGGUCGAGCGCGUCUAUGGAGCAUCGAGUUUGAACAUUGCUGUGCAGGACGGUGUGCAUGCUGGCCAGAGUGUUCCACAUGUGCAUGCACACAUCAUUCCUCGCAGAGCGGCGGAUUUAGAUCACCGCGGUGGUACGGAUGCAGUGUAUGAUAUGCUUGAUGGAGAGGAAGGGGAUUUGGGAAAGAAUUUCCGAGAAGCUGGGGCUGGAAACCAGGCUGAUGGGUCUGUAAGCUCUGAGGAGGAGACUUCGAGGUCUGGGAGGAGGUCUAGGUUCCCUGCUGUUGAUAACGAGGAGCGGAAGCCUAGGAGCGAGGAGGAGAUGAAAACUGAGGCUGAGAUGCUGGCCCAGGAGAUGGAAAAUGAACCCGUUGAUUGA